AUGAGAUAUAGCCAUGUUUUGAGAUAUGCGGCUCGAAAUCCCGGUUUGGACUCAGCAACGAGACAGAAGCUCAUUGCCCAAUGCCUUAAUUUGGACUUUGACCAUUUGUUACAGAGUGUUAAGAAAUUACCACUAGAUAAACUGGACGAAAGCUUUCUGCACUUAUUUCUAGCCAAAAGUGUCCAAAACGCCCAUGUCCCGUCUGUAGAUUAUCUGUGGUACCGGUUUGUGAUGGGACGUAAGGUCUUAGCAGUGAGGCCUUCGUUGCUGUGUGCCAUUGGAACGCUGGCCCUCAAUGGAAACAAGCCAUUUUUGCCAUCCCAACUGUGUGACCAUUUCGAUUAUUUCUACGGUCAGGAAAUCGGUUUUGAAGAAACUCGAUUUGAGCUGCUUCGCAUCAAAGUCGAAAGUUUUGCCAAGAGUAAUUGUGGGCCCGCCACUACGUUCCGCGAAAAGUGGAAGGUAUUUUUACAAGACAUUGACGGCUGUGUCAAUCCUGCAUGUGUGUUCCGAGUCCGUGAUUUUCCGCAUCUAUCGCAGUCGGUUCGGGAUGCCGACCCGGAGCUGCUGGAGAAAUUGUUGUUUAGCGAGAACAAAAUCCCAAUCAAGAACGCCACCACAUUACCCUUGCUGCUGAACAUGAUCCUGCUUGAUGACUCUUUGGACAUCGAUUUCAAAAUCAGACUUUUCUACAAUUUCUACGAAUCCCAUCGCACCCUAAGUUACAACGACUCCAUCAGCAUACUGUUGCACUAUCUACAAGGAGACUUUUACCGAACCACCAAGCUCAUGCAAUAUUUGACAAAAAACUGUCUUCUGAUUCCAUCGCUGGGAGCUAAGAGUCUUUUUGCUGCCGCAAAUGCACAGCAUUCUCUCCAAGGGUAA